ACUCUUUCCGCUGCCCCUUCAUCUCCCGAGUUUCUGAACGAUGUCGUAAGGGUUUUCCAGUCGGCCAACAGAGACAACGGCUACGGCUGGUGCUUAGAAAAGCUGUUAGUUCUUCGCUGACGGUAUCUCGUUGAAGCUGAGAAGCUGAGAAAUGAGAAUCCAUGGGGGGAGAAGGGACCACAUAGAUUCUAGAAUCUGGCGUUGGAAACAUCGGCUUCAAUUUGACAGGCCCAAAAGCUUCUUCUCUAUUCAAUCGAAGGCCCAAAUGAUGGGAAAUCCGGCCGCGUUUCGCGAGGGAGGAAGGCCCACGGCCGGCGGAAGAGUUGUUGUUGUGGCCAGCGAAUUGAGUGAUAGAAAUUGGAAACUGUAUCAAUUGUGGAAAGGUCAAUUUUCUUCUGGGAAGUGUAAUUUGGGAAAAGCUACUGGUUUGGGCUCUUAUUUUCUUCUCCAAGUUGAUGCAAUUUGCGAGCAGGAAGACGACCAUUUCCCACCUCUCGUUUCGCCCUAAUUAGACAGACUGUCCAUUGUUAAUUAUGAACUAAGUUAUUACAUUUUAGCUAAUAUAUCAUAUAGAGGUAUUAAUAAGUCUGUCAUAGCGUGGCAAUUAGGUCAUUGGAGCGAUGGUUUAGAUAUUUUUUUGAUUAUUGUGAUUUAGUUAUUUGAAUUUCCUAUUUCCCGCCUUAACUAAGUCUUGUAUAUUGUUGCUAUCAUUCGAGAAUAUCUAUGACAAUAUAUACUUGCUAAACAGUGCGUCCAAUCAAAUUGACACGUAAUCUAACUAAUCAAGAACAUAAUUUUACACAACCCCUCUGAUUCAGUUAAUCACAAAAUCUUUGAUUGGAAUUUUUCAAUCAUGCAAGUUAUGCAUAUGAUCGGUUUACAAGUUAGUUGGUUUACAUAAUAAUUUAAUGAGGUUAGGAGUUAGCUAACAUACUGGUCAAGAAUGUUUUAGGUUGAAUGAGUUAUUAUAAGUUAUUAUCACCUUUCAUAUCCUUAAUUAUUGAUAAUACAUAUAAGAUGAAUUUGAUAGGUUACUCGUCACUCGUCAUGUAUGAACACAUUUGAAAACACAUGUUUGGUUACUCGUCACUUGUCUUGUGAACGUAUAUUCAGAAAACAGUGAUUUUGUUAAUGAUCCUUUUUUAUGCUUGAUCUAAGCUACAUUUUUCUCUAAUAAGAAAAAAGAAACGUGUUAAAGGGCUUGCCCCAUAUUAUCCAUAACCCACUUGUGUUGUACUUUUGGGCAAAAUGACAUCAUCAGCACCAUCAUCAUCAUCACCUCCCCUGAAUCAAAUCCUUCAAACCUUCAUUUUGACCUUUGAAAAUAUUGACUUUCCCCUCCUUUCCACCGUUUUGACUUUCCCCCAUUUCUUCAACCUAUAUAAACCCGUCAAACUUCUCUCCCCAAAUCACUUCCCCUGUUUUUCACCAAAGUCUCCCCUGUUCACACACCCACCAAACACACAAAAGAUUCAAACUUUUCCUUUGCAAAACCAUGAGCAGCGACGGCGGCGACGAGGAGAGGAAGUACAAAGGAGUCCGGCGCCGGAAAUGGGGGAAAUGGGUGUCGGAGAUUCGAGUCCCGGGUUCCCAUGAAAGGCUCUGGCUCGGUUCGUACUCUUCCCCUGAAGCUGCAGCGGUGGCUCACGACAUUGCCUCCUACUGCCUCCGAGGGGGUUCGUCUCAAAAGGGGUUCAAUUUCCCGGUGAAUUCGCUGCCGGCGAGCGUCCGGUCGGACAUGUCGCCGAGGUCCGUGCAGAGGGCGGCGUCCGACGCCGGAAUGGCCGUGGAUGCGCAGAUGAUACUGCGGAAUUCGUCCCCGCCGCCGCCGGCCCCGGCGAUGUCGUCGGGGACGUCCUGGGGCGGGGGUGGUGGUGGUGGGAGGUGGGAUGGGGACGGCGCCGGAAGUUCGGCCGGAAGGGAUUUGAUGAACAUAUCGGUAGAAGAUUAUUUCUGAAAAUGUACGUAGUUGUGUUCCUCCAUAGAAAUUGUGAGGCGCCAAGGAGAAAGGAAGUAAAAUUAUACAUGAAUUGUUCGUGUAUUUUGCGGCAAUUUGCCUAAUAAUAUUCUUCGGCUGAGAAAAUCUUUCCGGCGAUUUGGUUGAUGUUUCGGUUCCCAACUUGUCGUCUCAAAGUAAAGAGUCGAACCAAAUCAACCAUUAUCCUUUCCAUUUUGGUCGGUUCCUAUCUCAAUUCGAUUCGACUAUGAAUGGAAUAGACCGAUGUCACCGUAGUUGUAAUACUAGAUACUUGAUACUCCUAUGCUUGGAUCCCUUUAGCGGGGUAACUUGUAAAAAUAACAUGAACGAACCGAAAACAAUAACACGAAUAUACAAGGUAUAUGUGGUUUCUCCUAUAAUCAGGACUAAUCCACGGAAGACGUAGAAGUUUCUGACUGAAAUCUUAUUAGAGGCUUGGUCUUGUAGGAUCUUACAUCCUUUGUCUGCCAUACAUGGAGUUAUAAACAUAGGUUGCGGGCGUUAGGAUUUUCGGAUAAUAUGUAUAUACUACAAAUUAAUCAUCAAUGUAAAUAAUGUUACAUUAGACAUUAACACUCCCCCUCACGUCGAGGAUUGAAUAUUGUGAAGUCCGAGUUUGGAAGUCCGGCCCCAAGACCCAAUUUGAAUAUCGAGAAGUUCCGGUUAGGAAAACUAGUCAACCCCAAGACCCUUCGUGAAAACGUCAGCAACUUAAUCCAUAGUUGCUAUCUUCCGUGGCGUAAUCUGUUGAGAAGCAACACUCUCCCGUACAAAAUAGCAGUCCAUCUCAACACAACUCAAAUGGAAAAGAAGGGGUAAAUUGCAAGUUUGGUCACUGGAAUCACUAGAAAGUUUCAUGUUUGCCACUCAAAUUAGUUUAUUCCAUUCAUGGUCACUAAAAUUAGUUUAACAGUUCAAGUUUGGUCACUCUUCGUUAGUGUCCGUUAACUCUCGCUGAUGUGGCAGUCAACCAUUAUAGUUGACCGUUAAAUAAGUGACGUGACAAAUAAAAAAUAAUUAAAAAAUAAAAUUAAUCUUUUAUCAUUUCCACCUCAUUAUAACAUUAAAUAAAACAUAAAAUUACAAAUUAUUAAAUCACCAUCGCCUUCCUCCGCGAGACCCUAAGCCCUUUCAACCGCGCUAUGCGUUAAAUCCUGAAUAUUUUCUCCUCCGACGGCAUCCCUAACACCAUGUAGUGGUCGGUUCCCGAGUCCAUGGCGGGGUCGAUGCUGCAAAACUAUUCAAUUAGGGCAGCGAUGAUUCUCUCGGUCGAUUGAAUAUUGACGGUGUUCUGUUCUUACUGACCCCAGUCGACUAUUGCUGAGACCUGGACGACAAUACCCGGAGAGAGCGAUUUAGGACACCGCGGGAGAGACGAUCAGAUGGAGAGAUUGAUAGUGAGUACGACGCUCGGGAAGUCGAUGAAGAAAUCUCAGUUGGGGAAGUAUUUCUGCGAUUUCGGGUGGGGAAGCUCGGGAAGUCGUCGAGGAAUUGCUUAUCCUAACAAUUUGAAAUGUUGGGUGAAUAUCAACAAUGAAUUUUAUAUUGUUUCCUUAAGCGUACAUCAAACGAAAAAUCAACUUAUGAGUUUGAAGAUUAUAUAUGUCGUUAAUACUAUAUGUUUUUUAAUCAACUAUUAAUAUUGACGGUACGACGAGAAUUCAAAUACAAAACAAUAUCAUAAUAAAAGUACACUUUGAUA